UGUAGACGUUUUCGCGGUCGAUUUCAGCAAAUGUUCAAAAACCGGUUUCUCGUUGCCACGGACCUAAAAUAUGUUAUCUCUAGUGACAUUUGUGGGUGAACUCUGAAUUUUACUGGAUUUUCUUUAUCAUAUCAGAUAAUAUCGAACGGGUGUUUGUGAAUGCGUAGCGCACUCUGUUGGGGACCGGCGGAGUGAGGAAGCGAGACGUGCGGGGAGAGCGGCUUCUUCCCCCUUCCCUUCAGUUUGCUCGAGGAUUGAACGGCGAGAGGACGUUUGAAGUUUUGUCGCGCGAAAGGAUCGUUCGCGCGGCAACUUUGAACAGUGUUAGUGGAGGAACAUUGCAUUGUGAUAACAAAUGUGUGCGGGAUUGUAGUGAAACGCUAAUUGGAUGCAGUGACAGGAUCACUUGUUGGAUUGCAGUGUUUUAUUGGAUAAUAAAAAUCAACCAAACUGGGGAUGCACAAGAUGGAACUGGGCGACAGCGUGUACGCCGCUGAGCGUAUAAUGAAGAAGAGAAUUAGAAAGAACAAAGUCGAGUACUACGUGAAAUGGAAAGGCUGGAAACCGAAGCACAACACUUGGGAGCCGGAAGAGAACAUUCUCGACCCCAGGCUUAUACAGAGCUUCGAGAGAGGAGAGGAGCUGAGGAGACAGGGCCGCAAACGGGAACGAGAGCACUCCCCGGUUGAACGCGCCCGUAGCGGCUCAGAAGAACGCCAACCGCCCCCCGGAAAGCGCAAGGCCGAAGUGCUUUCUAAGGAGUCCGGUAAAAUCGGGGUAACGAUCACCAUGAGCCCGCCGGCCAAAAAGCACGACUUGACAAAACUGAACGGAGGCAGAACGCACAGUCAGCCUCCGCCGCUCGCCGCGCCCCCCGGAGGUGCCGCAGCACCGGCUUCCCCCGCGGCAGAGGCGGCCGCGCCCCGCACGGGGCCAAGAAGGGCGCCCCAUUCCCCCGAAGAAGCGGACGCUCACACUCCUCCCGAGAGAGAGCGACGUACCGACACGCAGCCCACGGCGGCGGCUCCGGCCGAGCCGAAGGGAGCCCGACCUCCGCCUCCAACGCCGCAGCAGGAAGACGAGGACUCCUGGGGAGAGCCCCCCGUCACCCCGGCGCCUCCUCCCCCCCCACCCAUGAAACGCGGAGCGGCCUUCUGGUCCGCUCGCUCCCCGGUCGCCGACCAGAUCUUCAUAACCGACGUGACCGUCAACCUACAAACGGUGACCAUAAGGGAGUGCAGGACGCAGGACGGCUUCUUCAGAGCACGCGAGGGUCGGCCGCUCGAUGUGACGUAAACGCCUCACCAGCCGAUUCGCGGCGGAAUUGUGUCUAAGACGUUGUUUUUGUGGACAGACCUACGUAGCUAGUAUUUAUUUCCCUCAGCGUCGACUCGAUCGAACCGCGAACUUGUGAUGUGAAAGUUUCGAAAGUCGGUGAGGUGACCUGACAUUUGUGCGGUUCGGGGUGAUUCUCUUUAAUCAGUGACGUGGCGAGUCGACAUUGAAUACGAUUGGUUGUUUUUUAUCGGCCCCAGAGCCCCAUUGUACCUCACUUUUGACCACCUUUUUGUACAUAAUAUAGAAGAGCUAUUGUCAAUUGUUAAAAAUUGUCUAUUAUUUGUUGAAUUAUUAUAAACAAUGACUGGUUUCAGUGCGUACCUGUCGAUCGGUUAGCGAUUAAUAUAUUAUAGUAAAUGGUGUGUUUAUAAUUUUAUACUGCAUACAAAUAGAUAGUUAAGUCAUACUAUGUAAGAAUUCUCAGAUAAACCCAUAUAUAUAUAUAUAUAUGCAAUAGCCAAAACAUUACCACCAUAGUGUAGUAAAAGUCAUACAUUAAUUUUAAAUAAAAAGUUGGAAUCUCUAUUAUUAUUAUCAAUUCGUGUGACGCGCUGCAACAAGUGGGUUCUAUAAAUUAGCGUGGGAAAGUCGAUAUUUUUCUCCUUGUUAAAUUAUACGGGCUAUCUCAGGGUUGUAAUCCAUCGAAUAGGGGUUAAGACUUCUUACAGUGUUCUGUUAACCUGGUACCUAUGAUAGGGGACUUUUCAGUUUAAAUGCUUGUGAUGACUGCAACUGAUUAAUUCGUUUUAAUUUGUUAUUGUUAUUUAUGUUAUUAAUUUUGCAUUUGAUUACAAUGUUAGUUAGCACGAUGUCAUCGAAUCGAAGACCUCAAUAACUAACCUGUAUCUAUUGAUAGUUAAAACGCUAACAUUUGUGUUCCUUAUUGUUACGUAACCUAUUUUUUUGUUCCUUAAUAUAAAUAAGUGAUUUUUAUCUGUAGAGGCAGGUAAUUUUAUUUUAAUGAUGUAUAUGAGUAGUCAUUUGUCAGCGAUGUUUUGUUUUCGCUUACGUGUGAAUGCUUCAGAGUUAUUUUAAUUGUCGGGUUUGAGAUAAUUUAACGAUGGACACAAUAAAUUCAUUUGAAAUUUGAUCUGUAAACCUGACAAUAACUCCGAAGUAAUAUUAUUCGUUUUAAGUACUCCAUUGAUUUUAAUUGUUCGAAGAUAAUAUUCGACAAAAAAACUCAAUCUAAUGGUUGAAAGAUUAUUUAUUUAAUAAAUCGUAUACACAGUGCAAUGGCAAUCCACUAGUAAUUUUUCUUAAAUUACCUACCUGUAUAAUUUUAUUGCAUUUUAACUGUGACGAUAAUUGUAAAUAAUGUAAAUAUUUUAAUUUUAUUUUAAAGAGCACUUGUUCUAUAUUGUGAUAGUUCUCACAUACUGUAGUU